GGCUCGAGCACUGCACGGAGAUGGAGGUGGGGGCGGGGCGCUUCGAGCGGAGCCUGCCGCGGCUGCAGCGCCUUGUAGAGGGCGCCGCCUUCCUGGGCCUUGAUAUGGAGUACACAGGUUUACAUUCAGCCUUUCCAGAAGGCAAACAGCUUAGUCUCUUCGAUUCCCCUGCUGAGCGGUAUUUGAAGGCCAGACGGAGCGUUCAGAAGUUCACAGUGUGCCAGCUCGGUUUGUCGAUAUUUUCUAGUGAGAAAUCAAACGAGUAUGUGGCACAUUCGUAUAACUUUUUCCUCUUCCCCACAAUGUUUGGAACCCUGGAUUCGGAAUUCUCCUUCCAGGCAUCUAGCAUUCAGUUCCUGACUCAUUAUGGGUUUGACUAUAACAAGUUUCUUAAAGAUGGUAUACCAUAUAUGAAUGAGGUACAGGAGAAGAAACUUCAGCAAGAACUUUUUGCUGGGAAUUGGAAAGUCCGCAGCACUUUAGACAAGGAUACACUGAAAGUGGUGAUUGAUGAAGUGACACGCUGGGUCUCCUCAGCAAAAGAGGGGGAGUCCAUGGUUGUCUCUGACCUAACAGGCUUUCAGAUAUUUGAGGUGCAGCUGAUUCUGAGACAAGUGCUUCCUGAUAUUUGGACGAAGCCUUUUGGAGACAGUGAGGUGAUAGUAGAAAAGAUGAAUCCCCGGCAUCGUUGGCAUCUGGAGAACACUUCUUGUGACUUCUGCCGUAAGGAGCUCAUUCUCCUAUCUGCCCGGGGUUUCACUAGCCUCUUCCAGACACUUGUUAAAGCCAAGAAGCCACUGGUGGGACAUAACAUGCUGAUGGACCUUCUACAUCUUCAUGAUAAGUUCUACAGGCCCCUUCCAGAAAGCUAUGAAGAGUUCAAGACUAAUAUUCACAGCCUGUUUCCUGUUAUAAUAGACACAAAGAAUGUCACAAAAUCCAUCUGGAAGGAGCUUAAAUUCCCUCGAGCAUGUAAUCUCUUGGAGACUUAUGAAAUCCUGUGCAGUGACCUGAAUCCCACAAACCCGACAUGCCCUGUGAUUUCUCAUGCAAGUGACUGUUCAAAAUAUGCUGAAGAGAAAUAUCCUCAUGAGGCAGCCUACGAUGCAUUUCUUUGUGGAUCAGUUCUUCUAAAAGUAGCUCACUUGCUCCUAUGCAGAAUGCCAUGUGACACAAAAGAGAAUGGUCCCUCUUUCUCUCAAUAUCUAAAUGUAUUAGCUAAGUACCUGAACCAGGUGAAUCUCAUCCGAGCUUCUGUCUCAAAAAUUAAUUUCUCUGGUGCAGAUGUCUCCAGCCGCCAUCUCCCUCUCCUGAUUGCCAGUGUUCAGGGGUGGCCUGGGGUGAAUGAAGAGCAGAUCUAUCAGGAGCUGAAAGGUCUGUGUAGGUUUGAUGUCAGGCAGCUGACCAAGAACCAAUUCCUGCUACUCUCCAAUAAUUUUAAGAACGUCAGGGUUGUUUUGGAAGAUUAUAAAGAUUACCCCAAUUUACGGAUUUCUUUCUAUCACUACUGGAGGCACUCACCACAAGUGAACUGCUUGCUACAGUUUUGGGGGUUUUAUCAGAGAAUUUGUGACUUUUAUGAGAGAACCAGAAUCCCUGAUGAUAAUCCAUUCUGACCUCCCUUCUGCUGUAUAUCUGCAACUGAAUAAUUUGCUACCAAUUAAGUAAUGUGUGACACUAACAAAUAGUGAACCCUAAUGAAAAUAUCUUUUAGGCGAGGCUUCUGUAGUGACUUAAAAAGCUUGUGUAAAUUAUUCUGACUUGGAUCACCAAUUAAAUGUUCUUUUGUGGACCUCCCAAAACCAUCACGCUGUCUUCAUUGAUGGAUGCUAAUCUGUACAAGGCUCAAGAUUGCAAUGACCAGUGGGGGAAAAAGUGGAGAAUUAAAGUAUGUGCGACGGGAGGGGAGAGAGAGGGAAGAGUUAAAACUUUCACGAGUUUGUAAAAGCAGUGAGGCAGUGCAGGAAAAUGUUAUUAUUAGACCUGACAUAUUUCAGGGAGGAGUCGCACUUUCAGAAGCACCUC